AUGUCGGACCAGCAGUAUCGCUGGGAGCAGCGGCCUCAGUACGCUGGCACAUACGACCGGUCAGGUCCUCGCCCGACGUCGUAUCACGAGCAACAAUACGCUGCGUACGACUUUGAUCGUCACCCUUCAUCGACCGCUUCCGCACUGCUGCCCGAGUACCGCCCGCAAGCCGGCCAUCUCCCUCCUCCCGCUUACCCAUCCUCGCACUCGUCGUCCAAUCGGAGUCGGUCGUCUUCUGCCGAGCAGCAAGGCGUACCAUCGCAUGCGCCCGUGCAUUCGACCUAUGUCAUACCCUCGCAGCAUGCUGGUCACCAUCACACGCACAGCCAGGAGACCAUCUCCCCUUCCUCGAUCUACCAGCACCAGGUGUCGGCGUCGCCCGUGCACUAUUCACCUCCGACUCCGCUCGUCGACACCUUCCCGCCCGGCACGUUCUCGCGGCCCGCCUCGCGCUCCGACUAUGUCCCUGCUCCCCUCCGUCGAGCGCCUUCGUUCCCCAACUCGCGCAACGGAGGCUCGUCUCUUCCCGCCGGCCUCGUCAGCAACGUCGACACCUGGACUGGAACAGAUGCAUCUGCCUCUGCAUCGACGUCCUCCCUCGACUUGACUGGACCGCCCAACAUCGAGCUCAGCCGCCCGCCAGCAAGCCGGAAGAGGAGCGCCACCGCCGCCGCCACCGCCGAGAAGCAGGCGCCUCGCCGAAGGGUACCAGCGUCCUGCACACCUUGUCGCAAGAAGAAGUUGCGGUGCAAUCGCUCGAUGCCGUGCUCGUCAUGCGUUGAACGAGGCGAACCAUCCGGAUGCAUUUGGGAAGGCGACGCCGUUCCCCUCUACACCGUUCGGCAGGAGAACGAUGUCAAGGAGCUCAAGGCGCAGGUCGACCGCCUCCAGCACCUCCUCGACGCGCUAAGCCGUGCUCCGCCUCACGCUCCUCGACCCGAGCCUCCCCUCGCACCCCGGCCCGUCGUCCGACCAAAAGAAGCGCCAUCCCCUCCCCGUCCUCGCUUCGACCUGAAUGCACAGGAUUUCUGCGGCGCCUUGUCCGGCUUGGCGCUGACAGGUCCUGUACCGUCGCACCAGUCAGUCGGCUGCGAGUCGUUCGCCCCCGGCGGCACGAGCGGCGCUGCCUUCAUCUACGACGCGGGACGCUUCCUCAGCGCCAACGAGAAAAAGCGGCCCAGCCUUGCGACCGCGGCACUCACGCCGACCUCAGGCGUUCCUUCGCCACCUUUCUCCGGCGCGACCUCUCCCGAGCAGUCGACUGCCGCCCUCUCUCCGUCUCCCAUCGCCGUCAAUGCCGCCUUCCUCAAUGUCCGUCCGACCAUGUCGCAAGUGCUUGAGCUUCUGCCUUCCGACGCCGAACUCACCGCGACAUACAAGUUUUACGCAUCGUACAUCCACUCGCUUUCCUCACCGAUCAGCCUCGGCGCCUUCGAGCAUCGCUGGCCAGCGUUCCGCGCUGCCCUUGCUCAGCCUAACGCCACCGCUCGCGAGAAAGACGUCGACCCUUUCUUCGUUGCGACGCUCCUUGGCACCUGCGCGACUGGUCUUGCGAGCAUGACGAUCGAGCAGGCCAAAUCGCGGGGCUUUCCAGAGAGUCGUGCGCACAUCGUCGAGCGAUGGAUUCACGCUGCGAUGCUGUCGCUUGUCGCGGGCAAGUUCUUGGAGGCGCCGACCGUCGACGGUGUUCGUGCAGCCGUCAUCAUCGCGACAAUCUACAUUGAACUGUUCAUGACGACGGACGAGACUGUCUCCGCCGGCGUCUCGCUUCUCUCGCUCGCCGUCAACGCCGUCUUUGCACUUGGCCUCAAUCGCGACCCCGCCAACAAGAGCGCCUCGCCGUUGUCGUUCUUCGAGUGCGAGGAGCGUCGCCGCUUGUUCUGGAGCGUCUUCUCGUUAUGCGGCUCGGUCACGACGGGAAUCUCGCGCAAGUGGCCGCAGUUCGACCUCCGUCAGAUGGACUGCAAGUUUCCUCUCGACUGCUACGACUCCGAACUCCUCAUGGAUGAGCGCGCAGCGAAAGCGCGAGUACGUGCUCGUCAAGGGAACGAGCAGCCGGAAGAGACGCCAAUGACCGCUCCUUUGCUACGAGCGCAGUACGCCCUCCUUGUCAAGAAGAUCACGGACAAGGCUUUCAGCGUCGAGCCGUGCUCUUACUCGGAGGUACUCGCUCUUGAUGCCGAACUGCGCGCCUUCGAGGCGUCCUUCCCGCUCGUCUACCGCCUGCCUAUCGACACGACAGGACGAGUCCGCUUCGCCAACCCGCCGAGUAUGACCGAGGACCGCGCAGCGCUGCUGCAUCUUUGCCUCGCUGCCGAGUUCGUGCGGCUGCACCGUCCCUUUCUCGUGCUUGCUGCGACGGACGAAGUCUACCAGCACUCUCGCGAGCAAUGCGUCAAGUACGCCAAGCGCCUCCUCGCCAUCAACUCGACGCCGGGCUGCAGACUCAACUGGGCAGGACACACGUUCAAGGUUCUUUCGGGUGCCGUCGCGCUUGCUGUCGAGCUUCUGCAGUCGCCAAGCGAGCCGGACGCGCCGAUGAUCAGGUCGGCCCUCAACGGCAUUCUCGACCACGCCGAAGGUCUCACGGCUGCUUCUGUUGUCUGCCGCAAGACGAGCAGCGUCGUCGGCUUCAUCCUCGCCAAGGUCGACGAGGAAGCUGCCUCGUCCUCGCACCCUCGCACAGCCAAGCGCGCCAGGACGCUCUUCUACAACCCAGACGACGUCCGCAAUCAGCGGCGCAGUCUCGCACAGACGCUCGGCGGCGCCCCAUCAAACAUCUCGUCGCGCUCGAACAGCCCCGAGCCGGGCGAACGCCGCCGCAAGCUCUGCCGCCCGCCGCUCAUGCAUGUCGCGUCCGACACGAUCGUCCCGCAGGCGACGGCGACUUCGCAGGCUGUCGCUGGUCAGACGGCCGCCAUCAUGCGCCGCAACGGCCGCAGUCGCUCGGUCGAUGAGGCGUUGCCGACCGUCGGCGCACUUGCAGAGACGACUGCCCAGCCCAUCGAGUUCGACCAGCAGUCCAUCACGUCGCCACUCCGCCCCGUCUUCGCCGGCUACCCUGUCGCACCUCCUGCACGGCAGAUCGCCAAGUUCGGAGGGACGUUCUCGCGCGGGAUGUCGAGGAACCCGUCUCCUGCCGUCAGUGCCGGCACGGGCACGAGCGGAGGCAGCGUCCCGGCGAUGUCGUCGCCCGAGAUGGGCAUGACGCUCCAGAUCCCGCUGGCCAACAACCCGCUCGCGACGUCGCCCUCGUUCGCCUCGAUGGACCCGCUCUCGUCAGCCUCAACGACCGGCCAUUUCGACUUUUCCGAGUUGACUCUGACGGGCAGCGCUGGACCGCCUACAGCGUCGAUGAUCGACGAGCGAGCGGGCGAGACGUUCUUCACCCUCCCGGCGACCGCACUCGGCAUCGACGUCUCGCAACAGUCGGACUACUCGCCCACCGAGUCUGAUAUCGCUAUCGGCGGCGAGAACGGGCUCAGGAGCGGCGGAGGCGGACGGUCGCGGUUCAACGAGCCUAUGGAGGAGGACUUGGAUGCGUUCGGCGCUCCCUAA